AUGGCGUCGAUGGUGUUGGGACGUCCUAUGUUGUCAGCUGUGAGAGGGCAAAUAUGGAAUGUUUAUCGAAAUGGUAUCUCCUCUUGCAAUGUAUUGAACGCUGAAGAGUCGUCGAAAGGACCUGAUGCUCCUCGAAUUGAACAGAGGCUUGCUCUCUUGAGGCCUGAAGAUGCUGCCCAAGAGAAGCUGCGUCAAGGGUACAUAACAAUUGAAACACCAGAUGAUAUUGCAGCAAUCACUGGUGUACCAGAAGAACAUAUAAAAACCCGUCGUGUAAGAAUUUAUGUGCCAGCGAAAAACUCCAUGCAGUCUGGCACAGAUAAUAUACAAAGUUGGGAAAUGGCCUUUGAAACACGAGAACGUUGGGAGAAUCCACUAAUGGGAUGGGCUUCUACAGGUGAUCCUCUAUCUAACAUGAAGUUGCAAUUUAGCAGUAAAACUGAAGCAAUUAAGUUUUGUGAAAAGAAUGGUUGGCAGUGGUUCGUUGAUGAACCUACUCCCAAGCAGCCUCGAGUGAAAAGUUAUGGAUUUAACUUUUCUUGGAAUAAGAGAACGAGAGUAUCUACUAAGUAA